AAGCAAAGUGAGGAUUGAAAUUUUCUCUACUCAUAUUUUCCGAACAACCAAACACCAUUUGCAAAUUCACAUGCAGACGCGGUCACACUGAUUACGAACAAUGGAAUAUAAUAGAUAAAAUAAUCGAAUUAGGAAGACCAAUUACAUAUCAAAGCGCAGUUCUGUAGAUUUAGAGGCACUGAAAUCUGGGAUGGACUCUGUCAAUGAGGAUGGCUUUCUGGACGAGUGUCGUGACCAUGAAGAUGUUUAUAUUGUGGAGUCCUUCCCAGUUUAUGUCAUGGAGUCAAUCACCGCUGGUGCUGCCAGUGCCUUGGCAAAGACUGCAGCUGCACCUCUUGAGAGAGUCAAGAUACUUUUUCAGACAAGGGCUCAAGGGUUUCAUUCUAUAGGGGUGGCUCAAUCUCUGAAGAAGAUGGUGGCACAUGAAGGCCUUAAAGGCAAUGGUGUUAGUAUCCUUCGGAUGUUUCCUUAUUCAGCCUUUCAUCACAUGACAUACCAGCAGUGUCAUGGUUUGCUGCUCAUAAAUUGUCCUUCAGUUGGAACAGGGCCAUUCGCAGAUAUCUUAGCAGACUCUGCGGCUGGAGGAACAGCAUUUUUGUGCACAUAUCCCUUGGAUUUGGCCCGAACAAAGCUUGCUUAUCAAGUGGUGGAUCAAAGUCGAAGUUUCAGCAAUGGUUCUCGAUGUAUUCAUUCAGGCCAUCCUGCAUACCGGGGGAUAACAGAUGUCUUUAGAACCGUAUACAGAGAAGGUGGAUUUUGUGCUUUCUAUAAAGGUGUAGGUCCAACACUUGGGGGGAUCCUCCCUUACACUGGUUCGAAAUACCUUGCAUAUGAGGAGCUGAGGACCUGUCCUUUGGAUGUUGUUCAGAGACAAAAGCAGGUUGACAUUCAGCAAAGGGGUGGUGCGGGGUACAAGAAUACAAUGCAAGGGCUUGUUGCCAUUGUUCAGAAUCAAGGAUGGAGACAAUUGUAUUCAGGUGCAAGCAUAAACUAUAUGAAGGCAAUUCCUUCGGUAGCCAUCUGCUUCACGUCUUUCGACCUUAUGAAGCACUGGCUACACAUUCCAUCCCGGCAGGAGUUUUGAUUCGUAUCUGCAGCAACAGCUCAAGUUUUUCCAGCCUUGUUUCUGUCAAUAGCAAGAGCUGAACCCCACCUCAUCAGGCUCAAUCCACGUCGAAAUAAUAUGUUAGUUCCAUGCCAACCCUGCCCUGUUUUUUCCCUUCAAGGUUUGGCCUAGUUAAUUUGUUUUCCCAUUUUAGUAAACAUUCUUGUAUGUCUCAAAUAGUUGUUCAAGAAUGAAAAUUGGAGAUUCAU